AUGCACUCGCUCUCGGACACGACGGUGUCCUCCUCCCAGGACAGUGACGACGGCAAUGAGCCCGUGCUGCGGACGCCUGGCCGACGCAGGAGACGAGAGAGCGGCGAGAGCCCGGCGUCGACGCUGGAUACCACGGGGAUCCGCUACAGCAGUGGCGAUGCUAAGGACAGGAACUCUUCGGCUUCGAGCGCCUCCGUCAUGUCGGCUGUGAACGGCGUGCUGUCCUGGAUCAUGGCGUGUGCCCGCGGCUCGUCGAGCUCCGCCCACGCUGACGGCCAGUCGGACUACGACGAGCGCUACCUGACGGAGCAAAAGCAUCGAGCCUUUUGGGAGCUGGUGCAGCGCAUUUUGGACCUAAACGACGUGGUGCUUAUGAUCCGCUUGCUGCUGGAUUUCCUACAGGACGACCUUGGCGCCGCAGCGGCCGCCGUCUUCUUGGUGGAUCAGAACUCGCAGAGCAUGUCCCGCAUCACUCGAGGUGUACCGACACAGUCUGGAUUGGCCCCGUCUCGAGGACUUGUAGGUGAGACGCUCAAGUCGCGGGUAGCACGGUUCUUGGUGGACUUUAGCGCUGAAGAAGGAUUCGAUCCGGAAGUGGACUUGGCGCACGAAUUCCCAGGACAAAAGCUUUUCUGUGUGCCCUUGAUGGAGCAUGAUGCAGUGUACGCGAUCAUUGAGGCUACGACAGCCCACCCUACGCGGCGCGUGAUGGAUGAACUCCACGUCAAGUUGUUGACGUGGCUUGGACCGAUAUUGAGUUCGUGCAUGCGGAAGUGUAUCGAGUUUCACGACGUAUUGCUCUCGGAGCGCACGCAGAAGGCCUUGUUGCACAUUAUCAGCUCGUCGGAUACCGAAGACACGGUGCUGAACCUCGUGGACGGUGUGAUCGACGGCGCUUGCCAUAUUACCAAGGCCGAGCGUGUGUCGCUGUUCAUGAUCGACUGGGAGACGGACGAGCUGUGGUCAUUGUCGUCGAGCUACUGUGACGAGACGCUUCGGGUUCCUCUUCGAGCAAGUAUGCUGGGCCUUGCAGCCACAACGCAGCAAACCCUCAACGUCCGCAACCCCAACACAGAUCGGCGCUAUAACUGGAUGACGGAUCAGCGUCGCGGCGUUCACACGCGCUGCGUGCUGUACGUGCCUGUGGGCAUUCAGGAAUCUUCUCAGAACAACGAAGGGGUGUCUGCUACUAGCAAUCGACCCAUUGCGGUGCUGGAGAUCAUCAACAAAGUGGAGGAGGAAGUGCCUAGUGGAAUAACUCCCGGGUGCUGUCCGGGCUUUACGUUCGAUGACGAAUGUGCUCUUGAAGCUUUCGCGUGCGAGGUUGCGGUCAUUCUGCGCCGACGCAGCAACGAGAUCGAGUAUAUUAAACUAUUGGCGGAUACGCGAGCGGAACAGGUAUUGGCGAAGCGAGCUCGAAGUCAAGUAAAUUUGCUGGAAUGCUACACGAGUUACGCGUCCGCAGUGAGCGCCCACCCCGAAGCCUGCCUCCGCAAUUCGUUCAUCCCGAGUGAUCGUCAUGUGGCCGAUUGUCCCGAAUGCGCAGCUGCUGCCAAGCUAAAGGAAGACCAGCCUUCUUCCGAUGCUUCUCCUGUUGCGAGUAAAAAGGUGAAAGACCACGUGCAUCCAUUGGAGAAUGUCGUCGAACAGCGUCUCGGUAAAGCUACAGGCAAUAAGAACCACCAUUCUGGCCGAUUAGGCUACGAAUUUGUGGGAAGUGACGAAAGCAUUCCGUCUGGAUUGCUCUUCAGCGCACCACCAGGCUCUCGGUUUCCCUCGUGGGAUUUCAACGUAUUCACGACGGACCCAGCGGCACUCCCGAAGUUGUUGGAAGAAAUGUACCUGGACUUCAAGGUGGACGAGGUAUUGCAAACGACGAAGCACCGGCUGCAAAACUUCAUCGUGGCGAUGAAGGAGCACUACCACCCGAAUCCGUUCCACAACUUCAUGCACGCCUUCUCGGUGGUCCACGCUUCUUAUCUCCUGCUCAGCACGACAGACGCUGGUCAACUGCUUCAGCCACUGGACAUUGCUGCCUGCCUGAUUGCAUCGCUAGGCCACGACGUUGACCACCCUGGCCACACGAACGACUUUGAGGUGAAGUCUGGCUCGCAGUUGGCGAUGCUUUACAGCGACGAGUCGGUACUGGAGCAUCAUCAUGCGUACACGACCUUCCGAUUGAUUUCCAAGGAGAAGAACGCGAACAUCCUGCAAAACUUGACCCCCGUCGAUUAUCGCCACGUGCGGAAGAUGGUGAUUACUGCGAUUUUGGGCACGGACAUGGCGAAUCAUUUCAAGUUCCUGGAGUCACUGGAGAAGGUUCUUCGCCCAUCGAAUCACCACGUUGAUACGACUUCGAUCUCGUCUGCUAAGCGCGAUAACUCCAGCGUCACGGCUAUCAUUGCCGUGAGCAGUGGGGCAAAGCCGAUGUUUGAAGUCGCAGCUACCAAGGAUCAAUCGAAACAGGGCCCAGAAAUCCUAACUGUGUUACGCGAUGCUGUGAUGCAACCUGAAGGCUCAGUAGCUGGGACUCCUCGCGGCAGUACCAGCGGCUCGGCCCCUAGCAGUUUUUCAGGUGGAAAGUGCGCGCCUGGUCGCUCGUUUAGCGGCCGAUCAACGAAGGGAGGGUGGACGUACAAUGGCACUGUAGAGGACCGAUUGUUCCUUGUGAAGACACUUGUUCAUGCGAGCGAUCUGUCUGGCCAAGUAUUCCCCAAGCCCGUCGCGUUGAAGUGGAGUAACAUGAUCUCGAAGGAGUUCGCAUACCAGGCGUUAAUGGAGCAGGCGGAGAACAUCCCGAUCUCGUACAGGAACAUCGACGAUCCUCUGAAGAUGGUUGAGGGCCAGCUCUUCUUCGCUCAGAAGAUCGUCUCGCCCCUCUGGGAUCUCAUGUACAUCAUGUUCCCGGAUAUCGACGAGUGCAUGUCGAACCUGAGAUCGAAUGUCGCGCACUACGAGCAGGAGCUGCAGCGUCUCAAGCAAGCUCGCUUUGAGGAGGGUGUUGAUGCCGACCGCAUGCGAGACGAGCGCGAUGAACUCGUGAGGCAGUACGAGCAAGAGGAAGCUGAUCAGCAGCUCAACAGGAGAGCACGUCGUGACUCAAUGUGCGGCUGUGAAGACGAAGGUGUGGCGGUGCCUGGACUUGCCAGACAUAACCCUGCCAAGUUCAACUCGUUCCGCACGAUCCCGGAGGACGACACCAACAGCAAUAGUAAUAGUGACGGCGCAGAGGCAGGAUCGGACGGCGAGGCUGACGUCCGCGCUAGCGUACUCGAAGCGGCGGAGAAGUCUCGCCGCACAAGGUCCAGCAGUGUUAGCAGUAGCAGCAGUAGCGACUUGGAGGUAGACGAGCAAUCGCUCGAAGUGUACGAAUAA